AUGACAACUUCAACAAAAAAAUUUAGUAGUUUUCUUCCUAAUGAAACCGAUAAAAUUAAACAUUCUAUUGCUGGUGCGGUUGCUGGCUGUGUCAGUUCUAUUGUAACAUGUCCGUUGGAUGUAGUCAAGACAAGGUUACAGAAUCAGGGCAAAGUUACUAAUGAUCAAAGGUUACCCCCGUAUCGUGGCACUGGAAGAACUCUAAAACGUAUAUGGGCAGAAGAAGGAAUUCGGGGACUAUAUCGUGGUCUUGGACCAACGUUAUACGGUUAUCUCCCUACAUGGGCUAUUUAUUUCAGCGCAUAUGAUUAUUUCAAAUCUGCUUUAGGAGAACAAACAGGUGCCACGAGUACUAUAGUCACUAAUCCAUUGUGGGUGAUAAAAACACGGUUCAUGCAAGAAGGUUUCAAAGGCUUUUAUAAAGGCCUUGGUCCUUCGUUAAUGGGUGUAAGUCAUGUAGCUGUACAGUUUCCUUUAUAUGAAAAGAUGAAAGUUUGGUUAAAAUCACCAGAUAAAGAUUUGUCCAAUUUAUCAAUUUUAUUUGCGUCAUCCGUCUCAAAAAUGGCAGCAUCUAUAGCAACAUAUCCACACGAAGUAGUUCGUACAAGGUUGCAAAACCAAACUUGUAAGCCAUUUAAAUAUCUAGGAAUAUGGCAUGCAGUUAAGGUAAUAAGACAUGAAGAAGGGUUUUUGGCCUUUUAUAAAGGAAUGUCAACCAAUCUUUUAAGAACUGUACCUGCAAGUGCGUUAACUAUUUUAACAUAUGAGGUUUUGGUUAGAAAGUUAAAUGCGAACUCUGAUAAAGGCGGCUAA